AAAAUCAAAGGAAAUCUUUUUAAAAUUGAAAUGAUAAAUUAUCAUAACCAGGAAUGAAUCGAAAUGUGAUGUCGAAACUUUGAAUAUCAUCAAAAUUUCAAGUGAAUACUGGGAAGAAAUUUUCAGAAUUAGUCUUCAUCGUCGAGUGAAUCACAGUCAAUUUGUAAUUCAACAAUGAAUAUCAUAAGAAAGCUCGGUGUGGGAUCAAACAACUCGUCCAACACAAAUGAAGCAAAUACUGACGCUUCGCAGAAUCAACUUGGACUUAUGCAUUUAAAAAAAUUAUUCAAUGAGUUUACUCAUCCAAAGGACCCUCUUUCGGAACAAGAGCGAGACAGUAAAUUGUACAACAUGCUUCCGUUAUUCUGCAAAGUGUUUGGUUCUUGUCAUUCAGGUGAAAUGAAUGAAAAAUUUUGGGAUAUUCUCGCAUUUUGUCAACAAAUAUCAAGACUUAUGGUAUCAGAGAUUAGACGAAGGGCAAGCAAUCAGUCAACCGAAGCCGCAUCAAUAGCGAUUGUAAAGUUCCUUGAGAUCGAAAAUUAUGAAGAAUCUUCAAAUGGUUGGAUGUUGCUUUCAGCUUUGAAUCUUCUUGCUGCUGGUGAUCAAUCGAUUAUUCAAACAAUGACAUCAGCAUCAGUGCCAUCAACUCUUGUAAAGUGUCUUUAUUUAUUUUUCGAUUUGCCUGAUAUCACCGAUGAAGAAGAAACACAGCCAAAUGAAGGCUGCGAUUUCACACCAAGAGAACGAAGAAUUCUCCUUCAAAAAAUUUUCGUUCAACUUUUAGUUCGUCUCUGUUCACACUCUUAUCCUGCUGAAGAAUUAGCACGUAUGGACGACUUGACACUUCUCUUUUCUGCCAUAACAUCGCAAUGUCCGAAUUAUAACAUUAUUUGGAGAAAAUCAGCUGCUGAAGUUCUUACGACAUUGUCACGAUAUGGUCUCACCGAUCCCGUUGUCAAUUAUAUUCAUUCCAAAGGCUGUGUUGCACUUUCCAUCGAUAACAUGCAACGAUCUCCACAACUGACACCACUCGAAGUUGUUGAAAUGUUUGUUGCUGUUUUCUGCUUCUUAAAAGACUCAAGUGAAGUUUCUCAAACAUUACUCGAUGACUUUCGAGUUUGUCAAGGCUACAACUUCAUUGCUGAUUUCUUGUUAAAACUCAUCGAGGAAAAGAAUCAAAAUAGUGAAACACAAGCCGCUAUUAGGAAUCUCGUGUUUAUGAUUGCAUCGCUUUGUAUGUGUGGUUAUCAUGAGCCUCGAUUAAAUCAGAAUCCAACUGGAACACUCUUUCAAAUGCAGGGAUUUCAAAUGCCUCAGACCACCUCUCGUCACACAUGUGUCCGGAAUGUUCAUGCUUUUCAAGUCCUCCAGAAUGUGUUUCUUAAAUCAAAUUCAACAUCACUUUGUUGUACAAUUCUCGAUGCCAUCUCAAGUGUUUAUCAUUCCGAUAAUGCAAAUUAUUUCAUAUUAGAGUCUCAGAACACGCUGAGUCAGUUCACCGAGAAGAUUCACACGAAGAGUCUUGAAAUACAAGAAAAAUUCUUUGAACUUCUUGAAUUCAUUGUCUUUCAAUUGAACUUUGUGCCGUGUAAGGAGCUCAUCUCUCUAUCAAUUCUGUUGAAGUCGAAUCAUUCCAUUAGUUGUAGCAUUUUAUGCAUGAAGACGUUGCUGAACAUUCUCAAACACAACACCAUCUUUAAAGAUGUUUAUCGAGAAGUUGGAAUACUUGAAGUAUUUGUCUCAUGUCUCAAUCGAUAUUUCACAUUUAUUGAACAACAUUUUACCACUGAAAACGAUGAUGAUGAUAAUAAUGAUGAAGAUUAUGAGAAGAAAGUCGAGAAAUUGAUUGGUGAUUCAAAUGAAACUCUUGGAAAAUUAAUUCUGGAAGCUUUGACGAUUCUAAUGUCGAGCAACAGUAACAACAGCAAUGUGUUCCGUGAAUCUGGUGGAGCUAAAGCCAUUCAUGAGAUUGUAAAAUUUAAACAUUGUCGUGACAGUAUUUUGGGAAUUAUUCGUGAAUUAAUUUUAUCAAAUGGCGGUGAUGAUGACAUGCUUUUUAUUCUAACAACAAUGCAUUCAGCUCCACCACAUAACAUUGAAUUAAAGAUUCAAAUUCUAAAAUCAGUUCUUGGAUGUCUUCGCGACUCACAUCGAACGCGUGUUGUGUUUAGAAAAGUUGGUGGAUUUGUUUAUGUGACGAGUGUUUUCGUGUCGCUUGAUGGAAAACUUUCUGAUAACUCUGACGUUGUGAUGAGUGGUGAAGAGUCAUCAGAUGAACGAAAGAUUCAUCUUCAAGAUUUAUUACAAUUAUUAAACAUUGUUUUUCAAACACUCGCCACUGCUAUGCGCUUCGAACCAGCAAACGCUAAAUUCUUCGCUCAGGAGAUUUGCUCAACGUCUCUAUGCGACACGCUUCGCUUGAUGGGAUGUUUCAGUAACCGAAUGGACUUCGGUGAAUCAUCGCAAAGUGCUGACAUUUUUGAAUCAAUCGAUGGUUAUUAUCAAAGUGUUUUCACUGGCAACUUGUUAAAGCCGGAAUUUUCCCACGAGUUUCCACUUUCAAUGACAUUCUCGUGUCUAAUUUAUCGCUUUCUUUACGAUCUUGUGUUGGACAACUUCGACAAGCCGAAUCUUUCCGGUGUUCUCAACAUAUCUAUAACAAAUCAAUCAAAGCCAUCAGAAGUUAAUAAACUUCAAAAAUUAGAUCCACGAGUUGCUGUUUCAACACUUAAUCUCACACAACCACUUCCAGAACCAUUAAUUGUUCAUCCUGGCAUUGUCAUUUGUAUGCUCCAACUUCUGCCUUCAGUCGAACAUGAAGUGGAAGUGAUACGCGGCCAAUGUCUUCAACUUUAUCUUGCAGAAGUGAUUAAAAGUCUUGUGAGAAGUGAGAGAAAUCAACAAAUAAUGUGCGAAUCAGGAUUAGCUGGACAUUUAUUAAAGAUUGGGAAGACUGUUCUUGCUGAAGAAAAAAAUGUUCUUCAUGUUCCACUUCAAUACAUUCUCGAACGUCUGGCAGCUCAAGCAUUGAAGCCAACUGAACUACGUGAAUUUCUUCGACUUGCUUCUCCACUUCAAUGUGAAAAUUUAGUUCUUGGGGAAUGUUACAAAGACGGUGGGCCUGUGCCAUUGACGAGAAUCAAAACACUUGUCUCCAUGACAACUCCGAGAGACUUUCGUGCUCAUGGUUCAUGCACUUUACCACCAUUUGUUGAAUUUGACAUGAUGGCUGAAGGAUUUGGUUGCUUAUAUCUUCCUAGCAUCUCACCGCAAGCACCAGUGUUAGGCGGUGGAGCAAGUAUGGAAGCUGGAACGACAGUUGGUGGAAUUGGAAGUGGCGAACGUGUUUUCCCACCGCAAACAGGUCUCACAUAUUCAACAUGGUUCUGUGUUGAUAAAUUUUCCGAUCCAAGAACAGAUCCGCAUUGUGUUCGAUUGCUAACAAUAACAAGAAUUGUUAACAACUUAAGAGAAGAUAAUGUUGUGUGUUUAUCCAUUCUUUUAUCAGCAAGAGAUAAAGCGAUCAUUGUCUCAACACAAGAAACUCAUCUUCCACCAAAUGUUGGUGAAUGGGAACCUGAUGGUACAGGUGACAACAGUGCUCGAAUAUGGUGCCCAGAUGUUCUUCAUGAAGGGCAAUGGCAUCAUUUAGCUGUGGUUUUGAAUCGAGCUGUGCUGAAGAAUUCAAGUUUCUCGUUGUUCCUUGAUGGUCAACACAUGCACACACAAAAGCUUCAUUACAUUUCACAAACACCUGGUGGAACAACAAACAGCAGUGUGAAUGCUACAAAUUCAGUUUAUGCGAUAAUUGGUACACCACCAGCAUGGCGGCGUUAUUCCAGACUUUGUUGGAAACAAGGAGUUUGUCAUUUGUUAGAAGAUGUUUUAACAGCACAAACCGUCGCAGUCAUCUUUAAACUUGGCCCACAUUACAUGGGAUCACUUCAAGCACCACAAUUAAGGAAGCAUGCUGAACCUAUGAAUCCAUUAAUUCCAGAAGAACGUGUCACGUUUGGAUUAAACGCAAAAGCAAUGAGUCAACUGACAUUAGCGAGAAUAAGAAAAGUUUACAGUCGUGCUGACAACAAAAUGAUUGCAAAACAAUUGGGAAUGAGCUCAAAUGAGAAUGCAACACCGAUAAGGAUUCUCCAUAAUUCCGCUGGUCAUUUAGCGGGAUCAGCAAGGACACUUGGUGGUGUUGUUGUUGGAUAUUUGGGUGUUCGUGUGUUUAGCCCAAAUCCAGUGUCAACAAUGAUGGGGACAGUUGGUGGAUGUAACGUUUUGCUUGGAAUUAUUGCAAUGGCACAAGAUGUUGAGAGUUUGUAUGCUGGAGUUAAAGCAUUGACUUGUGUUGUGAGAAGCAAUAAAGCAGCACAAGCUGAGAUGGAUCGUAAACGAUGCUAUCAAACUUUAGCGAUGUUCUUUAAGAAGAAGAGAAAUUUACUCAAUUCUCAUAUUCUUCAUUUGACUUUUAGUCUUGUUGGAACUGUAAAUUCGGGACAAGAAACAUCAGCAGCCAUUCCGAAUGUCACAGCAUUUCAAGAUCUUCUUUGCGACUUGGAAAUUUGGUUAAAUGCACCGAACGGUCUUUUACGUUCACUCCUUGAACAUCUUCUCGAAUUAGCAUCAGAAUCUGGUGAAAAGAAGACAAACAUUCGUAUAAUGCGUGAACUUCAACUUGUUCCAAAGCUUCUUCACAUCAUUUGCGAUAUUAAUGAGAAUGCAACGAAAGAAAUUCUUUUCACACUUUUAGCGAUUCUUCUUGGUGGACAACCACGACUUGGCGAUUUACUUCAUUUUGGUCAAUUCAUAACAGCAAAGUUACCAAUCGGAAAUGAAAAUGAGAAGCUUCUUGAUCUUUCACAUCUCGUUUCCAACAAAGAUUUCACAUUAAUUGAUGACAAUAUUGAGAAUAAUGCCACGAGUAAUUCCAUUCGACAAAUCAUUUUAAGAAAUCGCUGUUUGUCUUUGCUUCAUUCACUUCUCUUUACUGCUAAGAACACGGUCAAUCCAGCAAUUUGUAGUGAAAUUUCUCGUGUUCUUGGACUUGAUUGGAUUCUUUUAUUUAUGCAACCAAACAUGCAUCCAUCAACAGUUGUUUGGAGUAUGAGAAUACUUGUUGUGUUGCUUGCAAAUGAAACAUUAAUUACAAGAUUCAGAGAAGGAUCCUACAAUGGCGGAUAUUUAAGAAACACCGAACUCAUAUCACAAAAUAAAAACGCUGUGGUGCUUGCUUCAUCGAAUCAAAUGACAACUGGUGGUCCAGUGAGUCCAAGCAAUUUAGUAUCAUCGCAGCCAGGAAUUAUUCUUCCAUCACAAAUUGCUGGUGAAGUUAAAAUACAAGCUUUGAGUGUAAAUGGAUUUCAAUAUCUCGAAUGGUUACUUCCACAUCAUUUGGAGAUUCCUGAACUUUAUUUUCUCAUCACAGCUAUGAUUAUGGGCCAACCAGUGAAAUGUCUCGCAUCUGAUCAUACAAAACUUGAUCUUGACAAGGUUUGGUCCUUCCUUUGGGGCGGUCCAGUGUCGCCAUCGAAUACAAACGGACCGAAAGUUGUUCUAUGUCCUGAAGCUGUUUGUACUUUAUUAACAAUUGUUAGAACGAUUGUUCAUACAAAUAACGAAAUUGAAUGGCUUAAGAAUCAUCCUGUGACAAUAAUUCAAGUUAUUUUCUCACUUUAUCACAAUUUAACAGAUUUUAUGCCAGUUUUGAUGCUUGGUGAAGUAAUAGCAGCACUUGUUGGAAUUCUUUUUCCACCUGAAAAUAGUGCGGAAAACGAAAGUAAUGCGACGACACCAGAAGGUGGUGAAAUCUCACAAAAUCCAAUUUUAUCAAGUUCAUCUGGAAGUUGUAAUGGUCAGUUGACUGAACAUCCAGUGAGAAAAUUUGUGAUUGAUUUAUUGCGUGUAAUUAUUGUUGAUUCAUUGAGUUUAGCUGUAACUGGUAAGACGCCAGUCAUUGACCUCGUUAUUGAUGUGUCACCGGAACAUUCUGACAUUGCAAUGCAAACAUCAUUUCAAACUGAAAUCAUCACAGCUUUGAUGGAUCAUUUGUUGGCUGCUGAUAUGCUUGUUGGCGAACAAGCAGCUUUGCCAAUUGUUCCCCUUCUUCAAUCACAUAUUCAAAAUAUUGCGCCGAAUGUUUUCUACCUAACAGCAAGAAUUGUUGAUAAACUUUGGCAGAAUUGUCUUCAUAAAGAUCCACAUGAGAUAUUUGAAUUCAUUGUGAAGUUGAUUGGACAAGCGAAACGACGACCAUCAAGUAUUUCACUUGAACAUCUCCAUCAUUCAUUAAAUCGCACGAUUCUUUAUCUUCUAUCACGUCCAACAGAAUCAGUUGCUGAACAAAUGGCAGUACUUGACACUCUUCAUAAGCUCACAACAAAUCGAUUGUUGAUCUUUGGUGCUGGUAAUCAUGAGCUCGAAUUCAUUGGUUGUUUGACUUAUUGUCUUCUUCAAUUAACAUCAAAUAUGAAAAUUGAACUUGAUACAAAUGCAAAGAACACAACUUGGCAUGUUUCUCGUAAUGAAAUGGUUGAAUCACGUGAUGAACUUUUAAAUCAACAUCAGGGAAGGAAUUUAAUUGUUGGCGCAGCUUUUCGAGUAUGGGAAGAACUUUAUGUAUGUAAAAAACCAGCAAUUGAAGAAGUCUUUAAAAUAACAUUGACAAAUCCACCAACAAAUGCUAAAGCACCAGAUUUAUCAGCUACAAGGGAACAAGUCAUUGAUUCAGCGGUUAAACUUUGGCAUAAUUAUAUCGACAGUGAGAAGAAAGCAACGUGUCGCGUUCCUUGGGAACUUCACAAUCAAAUUCAAUCGAAAAUUCAAAAAGUUACUGGUGGAUUGACACGUUUAGCGAGUCGAACAAAAGUUAAGAAGGAUGAUGGUGUGAAGUCGAAGACAAGUGUAAAGAAACAGUCAGCAUUAGAAUGGACAAAUCUUCAUAUAAGUUUAGUAAGAGAUUUAUGGGAAAUGCGUUGUGCUCAAUAUAUUCACAUGUCGCAACAUACACAACGUUACGUUCUUCAAGAAUGGAUUCAAUCUGAAUGUGAAUUGACGAGAGAGCGAGGAUUGUGGGGACCGACAAAAGGUUCAAUUCUUGACAAAUGGACAUUGGAUUCUACUGAAGGUCCACACAGAAUGCGAAAGAAAACAAUGCGAAAUGAUUUAUUCUAUUUACAUUAUCCUUAUCGUCCUGAACUUGAACUUCCUGACAACAAACAAUUGAAAUAUAAAGUUGCGACUAGUUUUGAUAGUAAAAAAUAUUUUCAAUGUUAUCAAACGUCGAAUCAUAAAACUCGCGUACUUUGUGAAGCUGAAAUGUCUGUUCAUGUGAAGACAACAGCAAAUACCCCACCAGAAACUCCUACAGAACAGCAACAACAACCAUUGACGCUAAAUCGAGCACAAAGUGAACCUGGUGAAGAGUUUGACGAAGAUGCUGAAGAAGAAGCAGCAGCAGCUGCAAUGGUCCCAGACAAUCAAACAUUGUUGAGAAUGUUGGAAGAGAAUGAAAAGAUUUCUCACAUGUUUCGUUGCGCGAGAAUUCAAGGUUUGGAUACAUCGGAAGGUUUGAUAUUGUUUGGGAAAGAACAUUGCUACGUUGUUGAUGGAUUUACUUUGAUUAAGAAUCGUGAGAUUCGUGACAUUGAUUCAAUGCCUGAUGGAACUUAUGAGCCGAUCCUUCCAAACCCAUCUGGAAAUCAAUUGAGACAAGAAUCUCUCAGGCAAUGCUCAAAAUUUGCUUACGAAGACAUUCGUGAAGUUCACAAACGUCGUUAUUUAUUGCAACCAAUUGCAUUGGAAAUUUUCUCUGGUGACGGUCGAAAUUAUUUGUUAAGCUUUCAAAGAAAAGUUAGAAAUAAGGUUUAUCAACGUGUUAUGGCAUUAGCGACAUCAAUUGCUGACAAUGCUCAAUCAUCAGUUGCUGGCCAAAGAAGAACUGCGAGUGUUGAACAAACGUCGGGUCUUUUGAGUAGCUUAAUUGGUGAAACUUCUGUCACACAAAGAUGGGUACGCGGAGAGAUUUCAAACUUUCAAUACUUGAUGCAUCUUAAUACACUCGCUGGUCGUUCUUACAAUGAUCUAAUGCAAUAUCCAGUUUUUCCAUGGAUCUUAGCUGAUUAUGAUUCAGAAGAUUUGGAUUUAAUAAAUCCAAAAACAUUCAGAGAUUUUUCGAAACCAAUGGGAGCACAAUCACCAGAACGUUUAGAACAAUUUCAGAAAAGAUUCAAAGAAUGGGAUGAUCCACAAGGAGAGACACCGCCAUAUCAUUAUGGAACACAUUACAGUUCAGCGAUGAUUGUUUGUUCAUAUCUUGUUCGCCUUGAACCUUUUACGCAGCACUUUUUGCGGUUGCAAGGUGGACAUUUUGAUCUCGCUGAUCGCAUGUUUCAUAGCAUCAAGGAAGGUUGGUUUUCAGCCUCGAAACAUAACAUGGCAGAUGUAAAAGAACUUAUUCCUGAGUUUUUCUAUCUUCCUGAGUUUCUUGUCAAUUCAAAUAAUUUUGAUUUGGGUGCGAAACAAAACAGUGAAGUGUUGGGUGACAUCAUUUUACCACCAUGGGCUAAACAAGAUCCAAGAGAAUUUAUUAGACUUCAUCGUGCAGCACUUGAAUGUGAUUAUGUUUCACAAAAUCUUCAUUUGUGGAUCGAUUUGAUCUUUGGAUAUCGACAACAAGGACAAGCGGCUGUUGAUGCUGUAAAUGUUUUCCAUUAUUGGUUUUAUGAAGGCAAUGUUGACAUUUACAACAUCGAUGAUCCUUUGAAAAAGAAUGCAACGAUUGGAUUUAUCAAUAACUUUGGGCAAAUUCCUAAACAAUUGUUCAAGAAACCCCAUCCUUCGAAGAAGAUGUCAGGAUUUCGUCAGUCGAUGAUUGAUCCAACGCCAAUGUUAACAUCAAGUUCAGUGCCGGUUGAAAAGAUGUUCUUCCAUAAUUUGGAUAAUUUAAAGCCUAGCAUUCAACCAGUUAAAGAACUUAAAGGACCAGUUGGACAGAUCAUUCAUCCCGACAAAAUUGUCCUUGCUGUUGAACAAAAUAAAGUUUUGAUGCCACCAACAUUCUCACGUUACAUUGCUUGGGGAUUUGCUGAUCAUUCGUUGAGGAUUGGGAUGUACGAUAGUGAUCGUGCAAUGUUCGUCUGUGAAUCAACAGCACAUUCUGGCGAGAUUCUUGCAUGUGCUUCACCAAAUGCUCGAACGAUAAUAACAGCUGGAACAAGUUCAGUUGUGACUGUAUGGGAGUUGAAUUCAAGACAAAAAACUUUGAAUGUAAAGCAUUCAUUGCAUGGACAUACUGAUGCUGUCACAUGCUUAGCAGCAAGUCCAGCCUACAACAUUAUUGUGUCAGGUUCACGAGAUGGAACUGCAAUUGUUUGGGAAAUGAAUCGUUUCAUAUUUGUUCGACAACUUCGUGAUCAUGCAAGUUUGGUUGCUGCUGUUGCUAUUAAUGAUUUAACUGGUGAAAUAGCAACAUGUAGUGCAACUUGGCUUCAUAUUUGGUCAAUUAAUGGUGAUUGUCUAGCAACAGUCAACACAAGCAUUGGAUCAGCUGAUAGGAUGCAACAAAUUUUGUGUGUUGCAUUUUCAAUGACAAGAGAAUGGGAUUCGCAAAAUGUUAUCAUCACUGGAUCAACUGAUGGAGUUGUGAGGAUGUGGUCAAUGGAUUAUGUUCAAGUACCAGAAGAACGUCCAGAAACAAUAAAUGAAAUUAAAGAAGAAGUUUUCGUAGAAGAGUCAAAGGAAGUUAUAAAAGAGAAGAAGAAGGCUGAGUUAGUAAAACAAAUGAGUCUUUCAACUGAUGGUGGAGCGCUCGCAAAGUCAGGAUCAGAGUCAAGCAUAUCUGAAGCGUGUGAUAGUAUAAAAGAAUCAAAGAAACAAUUUGAAGAUGAAAAAGAUGAAUGUAGUGACAAAGAAGAAAUGCAAGCACAAGACAACAACAAAAACCAACAUCUGACAAUUGACAAUAAAAGCGGAAUAAGUGGAGCAAAAUCAAUGACACAAUUGAAAGAUGCUGGGAGUGGUGGUGGGAAAAGUGGGAGUGAUGAUGUUAAAAGAAGAAGUGGACGGAGAGAAACAAAGCUUCGAAGUGUUUCUCAUAUCGAACAAUCAAUCGACGAUUCUGAUGACUUUGAAGAUAUCGGAUGUUCAUCUGAAAAAGGAAUUCGUCCAAGUAAGUCAGAUACGAGUUUAACCGAAUCAUUUGUUAUGAUCGAUAAUAAUGAUGGUGGUGGGCGACGAUUGUCUAACAAACAAAAUAUUUUACGUUAUGGGUUCAAAUGGCAAAAGCAACUUGUCUUCAGAUCAAAAUUAACUAUGCACACAGCUUAUGAUCGUAAAGAUAAUUCAGAGCCAGCCAGUAUUACAUCUCUUGCUGUGUCGAAGGAUCAUCGUACGCUUUAUGUUGGUGAUGCUCGUGGUCGAGUUUUUUCAUGGAGUGUCGCUGAACAACCAGGUCGAGGUAUGGCUGAUCAUUGGCUGAAAGAUGAAGCAGCAGAGCAAUGUGUUGGCUGUCAUAUACGAUUUUCAAUCUAUGAACGUCGUCAUCACUGUCGUAAUUGUGGUUUGGUCUUCUGUAAUAAAUGCAGUCGAUUUGAAUCGGAAAUUUCUCGACUUCGCUUAUUAAAACCUGUCCGAGUUUGUCAAUCAUGCUACACACAACUGAGACAUUCUUCAACAUCUUUUGACAACAAUUAAAUCUUUCACUUCGACUCAGGACUACUUCAUUUUAUAUAAUUUAACUCUUUCUCCAAUUCGCAUCAUCGUUGCUAAAUUAUCAGUAUUCAAAUGACAUUCUUUUUAAUUAUUUUAUUGAAAGCAAAAGUCUGGGUAAAAUGAAAAAAAAGGCGACGUGAAUUUGACGAAACUAAAUAUGAAAUGUUAAUAAAAUUGAAAGUGUGUAGGUGUAAUAUGAGUAAGUGUGUGUGUAGGUCAGUUAAAAGUCGACAUUAAAAUUAACAACAAAAUCCUUUUGUCGACUUUAGAUAAAAAAUGGAAAAGUUAUUUGUGUUAUAUAAAGUGUAAUUAACAUUCACAUUGAGCGACCUGUAGCUGAAAAUCGUUUAUAAUCCAGCAUUGUUAGUUAUCACUAAAUAUUUCAACUAUCUAGGAAAAUCAUUUCAAUCACCAAGCGUAGAAUGAAAUUGUACACAAUUUAGACAAAAACGUAAAUCAAAAAGUCCACUCAACCCUACGAAAUUAUCGCAUUAUCAUGAAAUCUGACAUUCAAAGUUGACUGGUAUAGAUUGAAUUAAAGAUGUUAACCAAUACCCGAAGUCAUGUUUGAAGAAAAAUGUCAAAAUAUCUUAGCUUAUAAGCUCCAGAAUAUUGACAUUAAGAAAGAACAAAAGUAACUUUUUUCAACUAAUUUAUUGAUUUAUUCUCGAUUUGACUGAGUGUUAAGAUGAAAAUGUUUAAAUUUGAAAGCUUUUUUGACUUUUUUUUCUUGUGUUAAUUUAAAUAUUGGUGAUAUUUUUUUAUGUUGUUUUUAAAAGACGAUGAAACUGUUUUUGAUUUGAAAAUUUUAUUUAUUCAUAGAUACCUAUUUAAGCUGAAAUAAGUUUGAAGUUUUAAAUAAUUUGCGUUGAAUUUAAUUCGUGAUGUUGAAAUUGAGAAACAACAAUAAUUGAAUGAAAAGCAAAUUAUUGAAAAGCUUCUCAGUAAAUAUUGUAGAUAAUAAUUUACAAUCAUAAAAUGCAUGAAACUAAACAAUAAAUAAACUGUAAUCUUAAUAAAUAAAUUGUACGAAUUAUAUGAACCUAGAACAGAAAAACAAUAAAUUGUGCAAUAAAAUUAUAUUGGGAAAAUAUUAU